AUGGUUGCUGCAUUACCGCCUCCAGCCAAGACCGCCAAGAUCACAGUAGCAAUAAGUGGUAGUCCUGAAAGCAUAACGAAAUAUUAUAUUUCUCCUAUUGAACUUACUUCUACAAAAUGCAUGAAGGAAAGUAGGGUCAGUGCAACAUGCCAGGGAGCAUCCGGUCCAUUUCCGAAUCCGAACAGCUGCAGAAGCUUCCUGCAGUGCGAGUCGACUGGCGUCGCAACUGUCAUCCCUUGCCCGGCAAACCUCGAGUUCAAUCCAAAGCUGAGGGUGUGUGACUUCCCAGAGAGAGCUGGUUGCUCCUCAUCAGUGUCUCCACCAGCUAACGACGACAGUGAAAAUGGUGGGGGAUCAGAUGAUAAUGGAAGCGCUUCACCAGCUCCACCAUCUGGUGACGCCCCCACAUGUCCACCGUGGAAUCCUAAUGACGUCACCCAGCUGCCCAAUCCGAAUGACUGCAGCAGCUUCUACAAGUGUGAUGAGAAUGGCGUUGCUUGGAUCAUUUCAUGCCCAGCCGGUCUCGAAUACAAUGCAGAGCUGAGAGUGUGUGACUAUCCAGAAAAUGUUGGUUGCUCAUCGUCUUCACCAAACAAACCGUCUGAUGAUACAUCUUCUGAGGGGGGUCAAGAUGAAGCAAAUUCUGAUGGAGGUAAUGAGGUAAGCCCGAAUCCACCAGCUGGAGAUGCUCCAACUUGUCCAGCAUGGAAUCCAAAUGAUGUCACCCAGCUGCCCAAUCCCAAUGACUGCAGCAGCUUCUACAAAUGCGACGAGAAUGGUGUUGCUUGGCUCAUACCAUGCCCAGCUGGACUCGAGUACAAUGCAAAGUUAAGAGUGUGUGAUUACCCGGAGAGCGCUGGUUGCUCAUCGUCAGCUUCUCCAAGUAACCCAUCUGGUGAUGAUUCCUCUGAUGACAAUCAGAACAAUGGUAACGCUGACACUGGUAACGCUGAGGACGCAAGCCCUCAGCAACCAGCUGCAGAUGCUCCCACAUGUCCAGCUUGGAAUCCAGAUGACGUCACCCAGCUGCCUAACCCCAGUGACUGUAACAGCUUCUACAAGUGCGACGAGAACGGAGUUGCCUGGUUGAUUCCGUGUCCAGCGGGCCUGCAGUACAACGCUGAGCUGAGGGUGUGUGAUUAUCCUGAGAGUUCUGGGUGCUCUGUGUGA